AUGAAAAAGAUCGUUGCUGAUGAUCAUGAGUCACCAAAAUUUUUAGAUUAUCGAAUCAAAAAAACUAAAAGAAUUCUUUGGGUUUUAUUCAAUUUCGAAGAUGAAAGUUACAAGAAAAAAAUUCAUUUAAAUAAAAAAGAAGAGUAUUAUAUAAGACUUGAAGAAUAUCAAGAUAAUAUUUUUGAAGGCCUUUUUUAUUUUAUACAUUCCAAUAAAAUAACUGAAGAUUUCAUGAAAGAUAAAUGUCAAAGAUAUGAUAAAUUAGAUUACGUAGCAAAAUAUGGUGAAUAUUAUUAUGAUAUUAAAACAGAAUGUAAAAAAGAUCCAAUAUUUACUAUGAAUGGAAAAAAUUAUCAGAUGCAUUACCAUACUUUAUGUUUUUCAU